AUGCAAUAUUCAUCAACAAUCCUCCUCGUAGCCUUCGCUGCUACCAACAUUCUCGCCCACGGCGUCAUAGACUCCGUCAAAGGCGCCAAUGCAGUAACCAUGCCUGGUCUCUCCGUCGCGGACGGUACUCCUCGUGACUGUGCCACCCCUAGCUGCGGAGCCGAAGCCGACACCUCCAUCAUUCGCAGCAAUGAGCUCGGAACCAGCAAGGCCACUGCUCUCGGCCGCACCAGCACAGGCCCCGUCGAUGCAUCCAAGAUGAUCGCAGCUUUUAUGGGCGGAAACGCCAACACAACUGCCGCCAAAGCAGCUCGUGAGGUCCACGACGCGAUGAUGCAGCGCCGGUCUCUCGGCGUCCGCGCAGCAAGCGGGGGUGUCAAGACCCCAGCGGGCACCAAGGAGACAGCCGUCAAAGCCGCCACAGGAGCCGGCGCCACAUCCGGCCUGCCAACCUGCGCCGACGACGGAACGGUCACCAUGACCUUCCACCAAGUCAACCAAGAUGGAGCCGGUCCCCUAACCGCAAUGGUGGACCCCACGUCCGGCGGCACAGACGCAUCCGCCUUCCAAACCGCCCAGGUCACCCAGAACGUCCCCGGCGUCGGCAUCGGCGGUCUCUCGGCUGCCACCACCAUGGACUUCCCCGUCGCUAUCCAGAUGCCCGCUGGCAUGACUUGCUCCGGUACUGCGGGAGGCGCUACGGGCGUGUGUGUGGCCAAGCUGCAGAACGCAGCUCUUGCUGGGCCGUUUGGUGGAUCGGCUGCUUUCACUCAGUCGCCUGCUGCUAAGAAGCGGGCUAUCGAGUAUAACCUCAGCAAACGCCGCUUCGCUCGUGCUAUGGCCUCUAAUGACAACUAG